AUGCGUUAUCUACGGCCAGCAACACCACCGUCCAGCACCACCACUUCACCCACGCCAUUGCCAAUAGGUCAGGUGAUUCGCAUUGCAAUAUUUGCAGGAGCAUUCACAGUCAUAUUAUUAAGUAUUUUCUGUAUCUUCUUAUGUAAAAAGAAGAAGAAGAAUACAAGAACUCACCCUGCACCAAAUUACCUUCUUUCUCCACCUAAAGUUGAUCCUUCUCACGUUAUUAUGAUGCCACCAGUAGAAUACUCACCACCACCAGAAUCCAACAAGACCUUAUUCACGUACGAGGAUUUAGCAAAUGCAACACAAGGUUUCUCGGAUGCUAAUAUCAUUGGACGUGGUGGAUUUGGUUACGUACAUAAAGGGGUGCUUCCAACCGGAGAGAAAGUUGCCAUUAAACGGUUGAAGGUUGGAAGCCGACAAGGGGAAUCUGAAUUCCAGGCUGAAGUUGCUACUGCUAACCGUAUUCAUCACAAACACCUGGUUUCUUUGGUUGGACAUUGCACUACUGGACUUGAGAGGUUAUUGGUUUAUGAGUUUGUUCCAAACAACACUUUGGAAUACCACUUACAUGGUGAGUCAAGUUUUUGUUCUUAGUUUUUUAGCAUCAUAUGCGAUUAAUAUGUUUCUGAAGCAUGUUUGUUGAUAAUGGCAGGGAAGGAAACUGAUUUGUUAAGCUGGGAUAAGAGGAUGAAAGUUGCUGUCGGAACAGCUAAAGUGUUGGCAUAUUUGCAUGAGGAAUGUGAGUUAAUAUAAACUCUGUUGUGUUGCUUUUAAGGCUGGAAAAACAGGCAGGCGGGUUAGG